GCCGUUGUCGAGAGCCCUGCCCCCUCGGCGCCCGGCCUGCGGGACCACUGGCGGCGGCGGCGGCCACCUGCGGGGUGUCGCGGGCCGGGGGCGGCGGCUGACCGAUGGGGAAGCCAUAGGGAGUUUGUAUCAUGGCAACAGAUGAGGAUGGACUAGGACUGUUUGCUAUCCGAUACAGCGCUGAAGCUUCCCCCUUCAAGGAAGGUGAUGAGAGCUCAGUGGAUAUUUAUGAUGGCUUGGACAAUAGUUUGACAGUUCCUGAGAAUUCUGCUCGAAAUUCCACACCAGCUGGAAACGGCUUGAAUUUAUUUGAUGAGAUACUAAUCGAAGAAGGGACUGCAAAGGAAGCAUCGUACAAUGAGUUGCAGGCAGAAUAUGGAAAAUGUCAGCAGCAAAUUAAAGAAUUGAUGAAGAAAUUUAAGGAAAUUCAGGCACAGAAUGUCAUUCUACAGAACGAAAACCUAGCCCUCAAAAAGAAUAUUUCAGCACUUAUCAAAACAGCAAGAGUGGAAAUUAACCGUAAGGAUGAAGAAAUCAGUAAUCUCCAUCAAAGGCUAUCAGAACUUCCCAAUCAUCGAAGUAGUUUCACCAGAGCAUACCUUCCAGGGUCAAAUAGUGGAAGAUGCUCUGAGACGUGUAAAACUAAAGAUUCCAAGUUCAGACCUUCUGAUAUAGGUGAUGGUGUGAAGAUGGAGCACAGAAUUAAAAAUGACUGUUCAAAGGAUACACACCAUAGUCACUCAUCUCAUAAUGUGGACAAUGGGAAGGCUGGCACCGAAAAAAGAAACACUCCAUAUUUGCCGAAAUACCCUCCCGAAGAGCUCUGCAGUGAUGGUACUCACACCUGUCCACCAAACCAUGACCAUGUUUCAAAAGACAAAGACAGCAGAAAGGAAAGAAAAGAAAUUAAAAGUAAUGAACAGUGCAGUCGGGGAAAUGUCAACAAAUACAAAAGAGAAGUACAUCAGAGCACUGGAAACAGUGGUGAUGGAGAAGAGGGGAAUCCAGAUCCUCAACAGAGGCUGAAAACCCUCUCAGAGAAGGCUAGUAAAAAUGAGUUGCCACAAAAAAGUCAGAGUGUAAAACUCAAAUGCAGUCCAAGUGUAGAAAGAAGAGUAGAAAGGAGUGUUUCUUCCUGGGAGAAACAAACUGUUGGUAAAGACAGAUACCAAACAAGAGGUGAAUCGUAUGGUGAUGAGAGAUCACAAAAUGUAUUGAAGAAGGACAUUAAAACCCAUGAUAGAGAUGAAAAAAAUGCUAGUCAAAAAUCUAAACCAAAUGAAAAGCUACAAGAGCAGGCAAGGAGGUCUGGUAGAGGGAGUAGUCCACACUCCAAGAAUGAACAUUCCAAGAGUCUUCAUGAGUCACGUAAAUGUCGCGUGGAAGAGUCUAGAAAAGGAAAAGACAUUGACUGCAAGAGAGACAGGGGAACAAAUGAUCACACUCCUCGAGAGGGAAGGACUUCACCUUCGAAUUCCAGCAGCAGAGAGCAUAAAUAUGCACGCUUGAAGGAAAGCAGUGGUAGAUAUGAAUGGGAAACAGCACAUUCCAAAUCAGAAAGACACAGAACUGAAGAAAAAAGGAAAAGAGACAGAGAGGAUCAGGAUGAAAAUAGACAUUUUAGAAAUGAAAGAAAAGUUUUGAGAGAGGAUUCUCACCAAUCUGUGAAAGAAUCCAAGAAAGGUACAGAUGCUACAAAAAGUGAGAGAAACAAGUCCUAUAAGUUAGUAGACACAUCCAGAGUAGCAGACAGCUUGAAAGACCAUAAAGCUCACAAAAGUAAAGAUGAUCGCACUGGGACAAAAAGGAAAGAUUUAAAACUUAGCUUUAUGGAAAAGCUAAAUUUAACUCUUUCUCCUGCUAAGAAACAAUGUCUCUCUCCAACAGAUGGGCUUAAAGCACUUUCACAAAAGGCCUCUGAUGAGGGAAAUACAGAGCUCACACUGCAGGCAGAACUUUUGGAUUCUGACCACCCUGUUAACUGUGGCCCCACAGAACAAAUUAAUUCAACUCUGCAAGUUUUGGACAGUGCAGCUCAAAGCAACAUGGAACCAGCGCUGCCUGUUUCUGUCGAUUCUGAAAAUGAAGCCUUGAAAGUAGCCACAGCAGAUCCAGCACAGUCUGAAGCAUUGCCAGCAGUGGCAACUGAUGAACUGAGCUCAGAAACCUUAUCAGAAGCAGAAGCGGAUCAGGUACCGCCCCAAGCCUUGCCAGGGACAGCAGAGGUACUAAUUCCUGAUGAGAUGCAGGCUCAGACAUUGUCUGAAGCAGCAGAGGCUUGUGAUCUGGUUGCAUCAGAAGCUGCAGCAGCAGUGACAGAUCUGAUUCACUCUGGAUCUUUGCCCCUGGAGGUGGCAAGGAGCAUGGCAGAGUGUGAAGACUUGCCUCUGAGAGUGGGUGUGAUGCAGGGUGAUGAUGAACCAACAGCAGAAGUGGCACAAUGUGAAUCUGCCAAUGAAAGUAUGGGUGACCUUCCAGAGUCAGCAGUAGAGAAGAAAGAGGAACAUAAGACAUGGCUAGCUACUGACAUAGAAAGCUCAGAAGACAAACAUGGCUCUCAGAACCUUGUCUUGGAUGACUUGGAACCCAAAAGUUCUGGUGAUAAGGAGUCCCAUGAUGUUGCAGAUGGUAUUAGGGAAGCAAAACCAGACUCUUCAUUGGAAGUAGUGAAGCAUGUUGAUCACUUGGCUGCAGAAAACAUUGAGUGUCCCACUGAGGAAAAGAGUAUCUGCAAAAUUAAUAUGAAUACAUCUCAGUCACUUGACAGAGCUAUGUUAACUGAUAAGAGUGAACCAUUAGUGGACCAGAAUACUUCUGACCUGGAGCCAAACCUAACUGAAAUCAGUACAGCAGCAUCUUGUCUUAGUGGUGAGAUGUAUCCUAGAACUAAGGAGAGAGAAGCUAACCCAGUUGCUGUUGAUGAUGACAGCUCUAUACUGAGCAUUGAUCUCAAUCACUUGAGGUAUUUUCCGAAGGCAAUCAGCCCACUGAACAGUCCCAUGCGCCCUUUGGCUAAAGCACUUAAGAUGGAAAGUCCCUGCAAAGGUCUUGUGAAGAGUUACAACAAAGAUUUAAUUCCUGAAAGUACAGUUGUCGUCUGUCCUUCGAAGAAUUUGUCAAAAGAGGUAAACAAGGAAAAUCAAAAGCCAGUUAACAUGUCUGAUGAACAUGUAGAGAUGGAGUCCCAGCUGAGUAUCUCUUCAGAUGAAAUAGAAGAAGGAGAAAUCAUAAGUAGUGAUGAAGAGAAAGCUCAACCAGAAAAAGGCUCUGAAAAUGCAAAGCCUUCAAACCCUAAAGUUUCUCCUAAGACAGGAAGUUGGAGCAGCAGUCCGCAGAAUCAAAAGGGCAGAACUGUGCAUUGCAGUGAAGAUAAUGGAAAAUACGUUUCUGUGAAAGUAAGUACAAAGAAGAAUGGAGAGAGGCAUAAAAGUCAGAGUUUCAGAUCUCCAAAGGAUUUGAAGAAAAAUAAAACAGUGAGCAUUGCUUGCCUUGAGAAAAUAGUUCAUGUUAUUGUUGAACCUUCAAAUGUACAAGAGGUCAUGCAGAUGCUAAGAGCUAUACGAAAACAAAUGAGGAAAAAUUAUAUGAAGUUCAAGGUGCACUUCCCAGUUCAGCACUUUCACAGAAUUAUAGAGUCUGGUAUCAUAAAUUUUACAUCAUUGAUAAAGUGCUUGAACUUUUCCAAGAUGUCUACGUUAGGUGAGACCUUAAAAUUGAAUAUCUGCGGUAUUAUAGAGUCCAAACUUAAGCAAAUUAAAAAGCACGCCAUAGUCGACCGUCUUUUUGAACAACAAGUCUCAGAUAUGAAAAAACAGCUGUGGAAGUUUGUGGAUGAGCAGCUUGAUUACAUAUUUGAAAAGAUAAGGAGGAUGAUAAUAAAACUGUGUGAUGUGGGAAAUGUGAGAAAGGAGAGCGAGGAAGGGAAGUUUGAAAAAGCCGGAAAGCAAAAACACAAGAUCCAUCACAAAAACGACGUGCAGAGGUCUAGAAAAAAGUCCCUGAAAGCCAGACCUCAGAAGCCUGAAGAAUAUAUCCUUUCAAAGCAAAUUGUGGAUUCUCAGCAGCCUAAGUGUCACCUUGAGAAAAAUAAAACAGAUGCCCCAAAAGCUGCCUUUACGAAGUGUCUUAACUCCAUUGAUAACACGAGGAAUUCCCAAACCAAAGUGCACCUCUCUAAAGAGAAUCAUUUGCAAGGCACUCUCACCCCACUGAAAGGGGCAAAAUACGAAAAGGACAGAUUCCAGCUAUCCAGAGAUGCUAGCAAGUCUGAUCUUAGUUAUGAGCUUCUCACAGAACAACAAGCCUCCAGCCUUACCUUUAAUCUCGUGAGCGAUGCUCAGAUGGGGGAAAUUUUCAAAAGCUUAUUGCAAGGUUCUGAUCUCUUAGAAAAAAAUGGUGGCAAUGUAGACCGACAUGAGUGGGAAUUCAGGACUCCAGAAAAACAGUUUUUAGACAGCCAUAAAUGCAAAGGUAAUGCUGCUGGACUGGCACAGGAGAUUGUUCCAAAGGAGGCAUGUAUGGACUCUCGACCAGUAGAAGACAUUAACUGGCCUAUUGUUUCACCUCUGAGAGCUCCUUCUUUAGGAGCUAGGCUUCAGCUACCUGUUGAUCCAGAUGUACUAGAUGAGAGCUGCAUGUUUGACGUUCCUACAAAUGCAGCUUCAUGUAAAGAGGAUGAAUGCAAUUUACAAAAGAGUAAAUCAUUUGUUUCUUCUAUCCUACUUGAAGAUCUGGCUGUUUCCUUAACUAUUCCUUCACCCUUGAAAUCGGAUGCUCACCUCAGCUUCCUAAAACCUGAGAGUAAUUCUAGCUCAACUCCUGAGGGUGUUCUCAGUGCACAUUACAGUGAAGAUGCACUUCUUGAAGAGGAGGAUGCCACUGAACAAGACAUUCAUUUGGCUUUAGAAUCUGAUAACUCAAGCAGUAAAUCAAGUUGUUCUUCAUCGUGGACAAGUCGGCCUGUUGCUGCCGGUUUUCAGUGUCGCCCCAGCCUACCAAUGCAGGCAGUAAUCAUGGAGAAGUCCAAUGAUCACUUUAUUGUGAAGAUCAGGCGUGCAGUGCCAUCUACCUCACCAGCAACUGAUCACUUGGCUUCAGUGAAGGAGGUGCGGGCAUCCUCAGCCAGGACUGAAAGAGCAGAAAUGAGAAGUGGGGAGAAAGAAAAGGACUGUCAGAGUGCCAUAGCAGCCACUGUGCAAGAAGGCAUCAAACCAGAGCUGCAUAAGACUAACUGUUUGUCUCAUGUCACCACUGGCAAAGAACAAAAUCCUGCCUUACCUCAGCCUCUGAAGGAGUCUCAUGGUAGCAUUGGGAAGGAAGAAACUGCUGGGUUGCUUGGACCCCAUGGAAAGUUUUCAAACAUGGAGAGCCACAACACUCAGAGCUUAGAUGAGGGCGCUGAGCACUCUCAGGCACACAGAUUGAAGGUAUCUGAAAACAUAAAUGAAGUGGGUAUUAAAUCUCACUCUUCUUUUCCUGUUGGAUGCAGUGUGGAGUCAUACAUAGACUUAACAGACAAUAUUGUUGGUGAAACAUCAUGUAGCGCAGUGGAAUCCAUGGCAGGCAACAGGGCUCAGGAAGCUUCUACGGGAAACUCGGAAGCCAGUGAUGAAAAGGAGGAACUGGAAGAGUGCUCUGAUGCAUUUAUAGACUUAACAGAAGAGCUUUCCAAUGAGACUGUAGCAGGUGAAUGUGAUCUUGAAAAGAAAUCCACUUCAAAUACUGAUGUAGGAUGCCAGAUAAGUACUGAUGAUAAACUGAGUAAAAAAAGGAAAAAGGAGGCUGUCGAAGAGAAUUCCAACUCAAAACGGCGACGAAAAGAAACCGAAUCAGCAGCUGAAGGGAGUGAUGCAAGUGAUGUGAAGUCUGAGGAGUUAAAUUCAACACCCAAACAAAAUUCCAGCAAGAAGAACGAGUUGCAGCAGAACAAAGACUCUCCUUCUUUCAAAGACUCUUCUCCUUUGCCUUCGACUGCUUCGUCACCUAGUCUGUAUGCCAAAAACAUCAUUAAAAAGAAGGGAGAAGUAGUAGUUUCCUGGACGAGAAAUGAUGACCGAGAAAUUUUACUGGAAUGUCAGAGAAAAGGACCAUCAAGCAAAACCUUUGUGUCCUUGGCCACCAGGCUGAACAAAAGUCCAAAUCAGGUUUCAGAAAGAUUCAAGCAGUUAAUGAAGCUGUUCAAGAAAUCCAAGUGCAAGUAAACUUACCACCAAGUUGCUUUCAUGGUUACAGGGUUUAACUGUUACCAGCAAUGAUGGACUACAACCACUGCACUCAUAUGCUGGGAUUAGUGGGAGUUAUUCAAGUGAAAGUACUGAGUUUGGUAAAUCUGAUGCACUGUUAAUUAUUUACUCCCUUUCCAUGGUUCCUCUGAAGUGGUUCAUCAAAAUAACUGAGAGGGAACUCUGCAAACAAACUGUUUGGGAAAGAAUGAGCAUGUACAAAUAGAGCAGGGGUGACAUCUCCUGUAGGUUAAAUGUCUUCUAUAAGCACAGACCAGGGUGUGGCAUCAAGUGAAAAUGGUGACUCUUGCUCAGCUUGUUGGAACUACCAUUUUAAUAAGUAAGAGUGCUUUGGAAUCCAGCUGGUAGAUAAUCCUGGAGAAUGAGAAGUACAUUGUCUUAGUUACCUUGAAGCACAUUCUCAGAAGGUAGCCUUCUCUUAAGGCAAGGCAAUGAUAGCAGUGAUUCUAAAAGCUGCUUACCUCACAAUUGGACUCUGAUGGCAAGGUAGUUCUUGCUGCUUUGUCAGUUGUUCAUAGUGGGCUUCAGGGAGGGGAUCUGGGCUCUCUAUGCAUGGUUUAUCUUCAACCUUAAGCCACUUCUUCAUUGUCUUCAACAUGUAAGCCAUUUCUUAAUGACUUCAGUGUUCAACAGGGAUGAAUUAAAUUCUCUUUGAGGGUGCCCAUCUGUCAUCAUUGACAGUGGGGAAAAUCUAAGCCAGUUGUCUAGCCUAGACCCUCAGCUUUCUGUUUUUGAAGUCCUGUGAGUCCCAACCUUUGUGAAAGUGAAGCCAGCCAUUAAUGGCAGUGAAGUUUUUCAGUUUCUUUUAAAUUGUGAAAUGCCAGGUGGAGUAUUCAUUUUACAAAGAGCUGUCUUGUAAUUAAAAACCAUUUUGCAGUUCUGAUGGCAUUUAAAAAUACUUAAUAUUGAAUUUUGAGUAAGUG